AUGGAUACCGCAACUACUAAUGAAGGAACGACAAACUCUACAAGUGGUGUUCGAAAGAGGAAGUUAACCUCCGAAGUGUGGAAUCACUUCAAGAUUGUGGAAAUCAAGGGAAAAUUAAAGGCUGAAUGCAAUUAUUCCAAAUCGAAGCUACUUGGUGACCCAAAACAAGGCACUUCGCACUUACGUGAUCACUUCAAAAGCUGCAAGCUCCGCACCACUAGAAAUAUAAGACAAUGUAUGAUGAAGACAACUCCAACAACUAGUGGGGAAACAGUUGUGGUUGGUGCAUAUAACUUUGACCAAGAAAAUGCAAGAAAAGAGUUAUCAGUUAUGGUUUGUCUUCAUGAGUAUCCGCUAUCUAUUGUGGAUCACAUUGAGUUUCGACGAUUUUGCAAUGCUUUGCAACCUCUCUUCAAGGUGAUUACUCACAACACUUUAAAGAGUGACAUCUUGAAGUUCUAG